AUGGACAAGAUGAGGUGUUCCCUGAGGAAUCUACAUGGGAACCCAAUUCUAAUAACAGUUCACAACUUGAUGUUGAGUGGUGCCAAUUGGGAUGAAGACUUAUGCAUGAUAAGUCUGGAGGAUGAGCACUACAAUGGACACAUUAAGGCCCACCCUAAGGAUGCUGAGUUCUUAAACAAGCCUAUAGAGAACUAUAAGGAGAUGAUGACUAUAUUUGGGACAGGAUUAGCAACUGGGAAGUAUGCUAUGGGUUCAAAUGAAGCUUUAGGAUCUCCGUGUGAGGGUGCUACUAGCUCUGUUAAGACUGAUUCACUUGAUGAGGACAAGAGUGGUAAGUCAGUUGAUGAUGGUGCCAAAAUGUGGGGUGAGGCAACAAAGGAUAUGAAAGAAGGUAGUAGUGGUGUAGGCAAUAAGAGGAAGAGGAGUGUUCUCAGUGAUGAGGACACUCUGAUGUUGUCUAAAAUGACAGAUGCUGUCAAGGAUGUGGCAGGUGCUAUUCGUGAGACCAAAGUGGAGCUAUGGCUUGGUACGUAGUACAUGUUGGCCGUCAAACUGGUGUCUACUCUUCCUGGGAAGCUUGCCAUGCUCAAGUAAAUGGUUUCAAAGGAGCUUGCUACAAAAGAUACAAUUCAAGAGAAGAAGCGAUGACAGCUUUCAAUGGUCACGACAAUGAGGACAAACAACAGGAAGUUCCAGUACUUCUUAGGAACAAAGCUAGUGCUAUUACAAUUAAAGAUGUAAUAAUAUUUGCAGGAGGUGUUGUAAUAUUAGUGCAAGCUUUAAUCAUUACAAUUUUAGUUUCCAAAUUGAUGUAAUAAUGGUUACAUUAGCUGUUUGAUCCCCUCUUGGUCUGUGGGGGUAACCUUACCGAUGUAUGCAAGAGGUGACUUUAACAACAUGCAUGCAGCCAACCAAA